AUGAGCGAUCGGCUUACCGGGAAGGUGAAGUGGUUUAAUGAUCAGAAGGGCUACGGGUUCAUCACCCCCGACGACGGCACCGAGGAUCUGUUCGUUCACCAGACCUCCAUUCGAGCCGAGGGAUUCCGAAGCCUCGGCGAGAAUGAGGAGGUUGAGUACCAGAUCGAGGACUCCAACGACGGCCGUACCAAGGCGAUCGACGUGACCGGACCCAACGGCGCUCCCGUCCAGGGAGGUCCCAGCGGCGGCAGCGGAGGCGGUGGAAGAGGCGGCGGUGGCGGUCGCGGCUACGGUGGCGGAGGUGGCUACGGCGGAGGCGGGUACGGUGGCGGAGGAGGCUAUGGUGGUGGCGGGUACGGAGGAGGAGGUGGCAGGGGAGGCCGCGGAGGAGGCUACGGUGGUAGCGGAGGUGGAGGCGGUGGCUGCUUCAGCUGCGGCGAGCCUGGGCACAUGGCCAGGGACUGUCCCCGUGGAGGCGGAGGCGGUGGUGGCGGCAGGUACGGAGGAGGUGGUGGUGGCGCCGGCGGAGGCGGCUGCUACAACUGUGGUGGGAGUGGGCAUUUCGCCAGGGAAUGUCCCAACAGCGGCGGCGGCGGGGGGCGCUGA